AUUGUCUUAAGUAUCAAUAUGAGUACGCGUCGUAUACCUUCACGCGUCAAUGAAGUGCUCCAGAGAUUUCGUCACGAGAUCGAAGAAGUAAGAGAUAAGGUUCUGAAGCAAUGCGAAUUUGCUGAUCCCGACUUAUACGUUAAUCUAAGAACUAAGGACGGUCAUGCGCUUAAGCAACUAAAUUGUUGGAUGAUAUUUAAAAAGGAUUUUCACAAAGAAAUGACUAAUCCUGAGCAUAAUCUUUAUCAGCAAAUAUGCGAUGAAUUUAACAUCCCGGGCAAGGAACGCGUUCACAUGGUUGGAGAUCUAGCGCGAAAGUAUUGGAAAGAAAUGGAGGAAAUCCGAGAUAAAUUUAAACACCUUGCCGAUAGGGUAAAAGAGCAAAUGCAAGUUAAUCCAAUUCAUGAUACCCUUAAAAGAAGACCAAACAAACGCAACCCUGACAAAGUUUUUAUACCUUUCAUCGAAG